GUGAUCAACUGUGUCCAAUGACACAGCAGAUCACCGAAUCAGCACUGAUCAUCAGGGCACUGAUGAUGAGUACCCAUCAGUGCCACUCACCAGUGCCCAGCAGUGCCUCCCACCAGUGUCCAGAAGUGCUACCCAUUAUUGCCGCCCAGCAGUGUCCAGAAGUUUUACCCAACAGUGCCCAGCAGUGCCACCAGUCAGUCCCGCCAGUCAGUCCUGCCAGUUAGUGCUGUCAGUCAGUGCCACCCGUCAAUGCUGCCCAUCAGUGUCACCCAUCAGUGCAGCCUAUCAGUGCCCAUCAUUGCUGCCAAUCAGUGACCAUCA